AUGGGUGCCGUAUUAGGCCUUUGUUCUGCAGCCCAGCUGGCCUGUUGCUGUGGAAGUGCAGCAUGCUCCUUGUGCUGUUCAGCAUGUCCUUCUUGUGCAAAUUCCACAUCUACACGUCUCAUGUAUACACUUAUGUUACUACUGAUGACAGUGGUUGCAUGUAUCACACUUGCUCCGGGCUUACAUGAUGUUAUGAAAAAGGUGCCAUUCUGUGAAAAUUCAACUGGUAUAAUACCUGGUAACAUUAAAUUUGAUUGCGAUCAAGCUGUUGGAUAUCUUGCCGUUUAUAGGAUUUGUUUUGCAACAUGCCUAUUUUUCAUAUUAAUGAUGCUUUUGACAAUGGGUGUCAAAUCUUCUAAGGAUCCUAGAGCUGGUAUACAAAAUGGAUUCUGGGGUAUUAAAUACCUGAUUGUGAUAGCUGGAAUCAUAGGAGCAUUCUUUAUACCGGAAGGUCAAUUCGCAUCGACAUGGAUGGUGUUUGGAAUGAUCGGAGGCUUCUGUUUCAUCAUCAUUCAAUUGAUACUUAUCAUUGAUUUCGCACAUUCCUGGGCUGAGAGAUGGGUUUCGAAUUACGAGGAAAGCCAAUCAAAGGGAUGGUACGCGGCUCUCGUUUUGGGAAUGCUGGUCUGCUAUGCCCUCACCAUCACUGGGAUUACACUUCUCUUUGUCUUUUACACUAAGCCGGAUGGAUGUGACCUUUCCAAAUUCUUCAUAUCAAUCAACCUGAUUUUGAUGGUAAUAGCCAGCGUGGUGUCCAUCCUACCAUCAGUUCAGGAACACCAACCAGGCUCUGGUCUGCUGCAGUCGUCUGUCGUAUCUCUAUACGUCAUGUAUUUGACCUGGUCUGCCCUUUCCAACUCAGCUGGGGAGUGUAACGCCAGUAUUUCUGCUACAAAUGAGACAUCAUUCGACAAGGAGUCUGUGAUUGGAUUAAUAAUAUGGGUGUGCAGCGUGCUGUAUUCGUGCAUACGCACCGCAUCAUCCUCAUCAAAGAUCACAAUGUCCGGACACAUUUUGGCUAAGAAAGAAGGUCUUAUUGAUAAUGAAGAGGGAGAUGGUGGCGAAGCUGGUGAUUCAGAGGAGAAGGUCUACGACAACGAAGCAGAGGACACGGCGUACUCUUGGAGCUUCUUCCAUUUUGUUUUCGCUAUGGCGACGCUCUACGUUAUGAUGACACUCACAAAUUGGUACAAUCCAAGCUCACAACUGUCGAAGCAGAAUGUGGCGUCAAUGUGGAUCAAGAUCACUUCGUCGUGGCUCUGUGUGGGCCUCUACAUUUGGACCCUGGUCGCACCCGCCUUAUUACCAGACAGGGAAUUUAAUUAG